CGUGUGCCGUAUUUUCGUUGCCUAGAAACAAGCCAAACAAUCAGCGAGUUCCAGUGUUGAAGCUUGUAGUUUUAAUUAAACUCAUGUUGAAUAUUUGUAUGUCAAAUAAAUGACAUGAUGAAUAAAGAAUUAACAGAAGAGGAGCUGCAGGAUUUGUACGCGUGGAUUGACAAAAUAAAACUUUCUAGACCUAAAAGAAAUAUAGCGCGAGACUUCAGUGACGCAGUUAUGGCUGCUGAGCUGGUAAAAAACUACUUCCCCAAGCUGGUGGAGCUCCACAACUACACACCUGCACACUCCACUCAACAAAAAUUGAGUAACUGGAACACACUAAACAGAAAGGUUUUAUCCAAGCUAAAUGUCAAUGUACCAAUGGACACAGUAAAGAAGAUUACUCUAAGCACUCAAGGCAGCAUUGAACCAGUUCUUUGGACCCUCAGGGAGAUGUUGGAGGACAGAAAAGCAGGAAAACAUUUGGACAAAACUCAGGAUUUAGAAUACUACAUCACUUCAAAUGAAAAAACACAAACAGAAAAUUAUCAAAAUACUGGUGAGAACUCACACAAGCCAACAGCGCCCAUGAAAAAGAUCCAGAAAUCCAACCCUCUGAUAAAACCAGGUGAGAAUGUAGACCCAGCUUUCCGUUUGCUAUUGGAGGAGAAGGAGCAAGCUCUGCUGUCUUUACAAGAGACUGUGGAGAUCUUACAGAUAAAAGUAAACAGACUGGAGCAUCUUGUGCAUCUGAAGGACCUGCGCAUUGAGGACCUGACAAAGCACUUGGAGAGGUAUAAAGCACGUACCAACGUGUCAUGAGUUGCCUCAGGAAUAUUCAGCUACACAGCAGUCUACACAGCAGCUUGACUGCAGUGGUUUUUCUAACCCAUUAUUUAUAAUAUCUAAAUUGCUUUAAAAGAAAAUAUUAUUUUUCUGUAGUUUAGUUACUUGGUGUAUAACAGUGACAGUCGAUUGUAAUAUGAUUUAAAUGUAUUAAAAUGCAAAUAGUUAUCUAUUACAUUUUACCCUAAUUGCAUUGACUUGCUUAUUGGGAUCAUAAGUCUCUCAAGUUUUCAUUUAUAUUUUAAUAUAUUUAAAAAAACAGUGGAAAUAAAAAUAUAAGCAAUAACCCUGCUAAUUCUCACAAGAUAUGUGCACUGUAUGCUUUUUUGUGAUUGAUGGUUAAAAAACAGAUUUUUUUGUCCAUAAAAUUUCAGUAAAUA